AGUAUUUGGCAGGUUCGUCCCUUGAGGGUGUGUGUGAGAGAGACUCGCUAAGCAACGACCUGCGAACGGGCAUCCGAGCCAGUCCGAGCUACAAAAAAAAGAAGAAACAGGAACCACAUUAUUUUCGAGUGUCUUUGCAAUGUUCCCGACGAUAUUUCUACACCGUCUGCUCUGAUCCCAUCGAAGUUGCCGUCUCCCCAGACGUCGGCUCCAGAAACCAAACCAGAAAUUAAUGCAUCUUGCUGCGCGUUCCUGUUUGUUUUGACCUGUGCAGCUAGAAAGGAAUCCUGCAAGAGGGAUUAGCGGUCCGUCAAUGAGGAACUACCGGCUCAUCUUCUGCCACAACCUGAAGCAGCCAUAGAUGGUUCGGUGGUUCACUGGCUAGGGGAGGAGAGGAUAGGACACACUUUCACUGCUACACGACGUUAGGUCUUGGCGGGGCUGUGGUGAGGAGGAGGAGGAGGCCAUGAGGAAGAGCGUGUCUCCGUUGCCAGGCAACGAGGGCGGGAGCUCAGCCAGCACCACGCGGGUCUUUGGCGUUCCUUUGGAGGAGGUGACGCGCACUCACACAAUCAGUGGCCAUGAGGUUCCUGCACUGGUGAAACACAUCGUCGACUACAUCGAGGAGCAUGGUCACCUGGACCUGGAGGGGCUCUUCCUUGUGAAUGGCAACGCAGAGCGUGUGGAUUGGCUGCGCCAGCGUUACGACAGUGGUGAGGAGGUGGAGCUAGAGAAGGAGGCGGACCUGGCGUCAGCGGUCAGUUUGCUCCGACUCUUCCUGCAGGAGCUUCCUGAGCCGGUUAUUCCAACAGCGAUACAGGGACACAUUCUACAGCUACACCAAGAUUACAGCAACGAAGAGGACCUGUGUAGAAACCUGAAGUACCUGCUGCAGCAGCUUCCACAGCUGAACUACGGCCUGCUGCGUUUCCUUUGCCGCUUCCUGGCCAGCGUGGCUUCACUUCAGCAAGAGAGCUGGAACAUUGGGACGCUGGCUGCCGUCUUUGGACCAGACAUCUUCCAUCUGUCAACGGAAGGAGAGGAUCUUCGAGACCAAGAGUCUGUCAGCAGAGUCCUGGCAGAGCUGUUGGACAACCAGGAGGGCCUGUUUGACUCGGAGGACGAUGACGUCUCUACCACCAACGACUACAGCUCCAUCAAUGAACAGAUCACCGAGCUGUUAGAUGAUGAUAAGUGUGAGGCCGAAUGUGAAGAGCUGCCUCAGGACGGAGAGGAGGGUCCUGCCUCCUCUGACUCACCACAACACACACACACUGACGACAGCCCCACAGCCAGCUCCCACCUCUCCCCCAUAUCCAUCCUGCCUGCUGACUCUGCUGAGAUAAUCCAGCGAACCAUCAGGGCUGCAGUGGAGCAGCACUUCUUUGAGCUGAAAACAUCCAUCGAUCAAGACCUCAGCAACUAUGACAGCCAGGGGGUGAGUCCCAGUGAGCCUUCAGACCAGGGUUGCCAUGGAGAUGAGGAGCAACAAACUGACCCUGAGGACAGUCCCUGCGACACUGAAGCAGAGACCCCACUCACGCCGACUGAGCAGCACAUACAGCAAAGUCAGAAAGAUACACAGGAUUCAUUGGACUCUGGCGCCGCCCUGGAGGAGAGCUCGGGAAUGGACCUGGACGCAGAGGCUGUCAGAGAUGCUGAGAACAACAUCAACACUGCCAGGCAGGACAAUCAACCCUGUGACAACAUGGAGCAGACUCACACUGACACCAUAAGCUGUGACUCAGAUUCAUGCCGUGAUCAGAACGCCAACACCAGUAAGACCAACAUGAACCACCUGUCACCAUGCCAACCAAACCCUGGGCACAACCCCCACCUCCAGCUCUUCCCUGACAACCAAUGGGAAGCGUCACCCCCCUCCCAUCUCCACCUCCCUCCCAUAGACUUCUCAUGUAUGCACCUGCAGAAAGAAGGCCAUGACCCCGUCCCAGCUUUCAAAUCCUGGCAGGAUGACAGCGAGAGCGGAGAGGCGCAGCUCUCCCCGCUGGCCGGCCGCAUGGUUCCUCUCCCGCUGCUCCCCCUGGAGGAGGAUGGCGAGGAGGACGAGGGGGAGGGAGGGCAGGAAGCCUCCCCCUCCUCGUCCCGCUCUCACCAUCACCUCCUGGCACGACGCUUUCUCGACUUCGGAGUGCACGGGGCCCAGCGAUUCCUCCAGCAGGACCCGGACGCCACCUCACCCACCAAAGCACAGAGGCCGCGGCGAGCAUCAUUUGGAUCCAAAGAGGCGAUGAGAGGAGGAGGAGAUUCAGUGACCCAUCAACUCACCAAGAAGCUGCAGCACCUGAAGAAGAAAAUCAAGCAGUUUGAAGAGCAAUUUGAGAAGGAGAGGAACUAUAAGCCCUCUCACGGAGACAAGGCAGCUAACCCCAAAGUUCUCAAAUGGAUGACCGACCUCACAAAGAUCCGCAGGCAGAUUAAAGGACGCCAGCACCACCUUUUACCCAGAAGCACGCUGAGGCACCAGGCUUUGCUCCAUUCAUACAGACGCCACCAUGCUCCCUCCCUCCCUUCCUCCUCCUCCUCCUCCUCCUCUAUCUGCUCACCUCCCCAUCACACACUCACGCCCCCGCUCCACCCCUACUCAGGCCUGAGCUCUAGACCGUAUCACCUCAAUGCCAAACACCGCGCAGAGAGCGAGCUUGGCCCCCAGACUCGUCCUCGGAGCAACACCUUGCCCAAGAGCUUCGGCUCCACGCUGGAACAAGGCACUAGCGAUGCAGUAGGAGAGGUCAAGGGUCAGCGUCCCACCAGGGAGGAAACACUGGAGCUGAUCCAGUGCAGGGUCAAAGGGAAGAGGCAGGAGGACGGCUGGCCGGAUGACAUCAAGAAGAUGACCAAGGAGCAGUUGUCCUGUGAGAAGACGGUCCUUCAGAAGAACCUGCUGCACUAUGAGGGUCUGCAUGGCCGACCGGUGACCAGAGAGGAGCGUCUGGUGGUGAAGCCUCUCUACGAUCGCUACAGAUUGGUCAAACAGAUGCUCACCCGAGUCAGCAUCACACCUAUCACAGUGUCCCCCUCCAGUAAGAGGCGCAAUCAGACCCUCCAGCCAAUCAUUGAGGGCGAAACAGCUCAUUUCUGGGAGGAGAUCAAAGAGGAGGAGGAGGACGAGCGUAAAGAAGGAGAACAAGAAGAGAGGGAGGAGGACCAGGAUGAGGAGGAAGAGGAGGAGGAUGAGGAGGAGGGAGAGAGCAGCGGUGGGGAGAUGCAGAGCUCUGAGGUCAUCAUGGCUGUCGACCUUGUGACUUCAUCUGAGGGAUCCAUGCGGAGCCAGAACCAACCCGACAGGCAGAGCGAUUGUUCAAUGAAAGCCAAGAUGGAGGAGGGGUCUGGGAAGCUGGCACUGGACCUGCGGCUGUCCAGCUCCAACGCCUCGUCCAUGCCAGAGCUGCUGGAACAGCUGUGGAAGGCCAGAGCAGAGAAGAAGAAGCUGAGGAAGACCAUCCGGGAGUUUGAGGAAGAUUUUUAUCAGCAUAAUGGAAGAAAUGUUCAGAAGGAGGACCGGGUGCCGAUGCUGGAGGAGUACAGGGAGUACAAGAGGAUCAAGGCCAAACUCCGCCUGCUGGAGGUUCUCAUCAGCAAACAGGAUUCCUCCAAAUCCAUCUAGGCCCGCCCCCCUCAGACACCAGCUGCCACCGCACACAUCAUCACUGCUGCUGCUGCGAGGACCCACCCAGGACGUCAUCACACCUGGGAGGGAGUACAGUAACCACAUCACAUGACUUCCCAGGAAGUGCUCUCAGUCGGACUUCAUGACCUCCAGAUGGCGUGCUGCGUUCAGGUCACGGAGAAAAAUAAAUUAGAGUUACAGUCCAACAUGUCGUCAUUUAAUCUCUGUAAAUACUGUUUGUAGAUAACGGCCUUCACUGGUGCAUGAACAUUUCCAGGAAUCUUUUAAAGGGAUUUUCCUGCAUUUUAACGACAGUAAACAAAGGAAAGUUUGGUGGAUCCAAGACUGCAGCCAACCACUGAAUGUUGAUGCUGUCAGUGUAACGACAAAAUAAUUUCUGUCAGACCAGUAGAAAUAAAAUGCAGUUAGUAAGCAGUGAUUUAAUGGAACAAUACGAGUUGUCUUAAAAAAUAAUCUUUAGAACAUAAUCAAUCAUAUCUUUGUGGAGAUAAAGUAAAGGCGAAUGUGCUAAAAUAACUUUUAGCUGCUGUUUCAGUUCCUGACAGUUUUUUUUUUUCCUGAAAAGGCCACAAGUAAAUAAUAUGCACUGAAAAAUCUUGAAGCAAAUUUUAAGUAUUUUAAUCACAAAAUCACUUCAAUCUUUAUUUGUUUAAUAACUAUGAUUAUCUACAUGUGACGACAGAAUUCAUAUUAGAGAUCUUCUGUCAAAACUCCCAGCCUGAGUUUAAUUAACAACUAAUGUGAUGUUAGACGUUCAUUUUUACAACUAUUUCCCCGUGACAUGAAUGCAGCAGCAGCACCACCAGUUAAACUCAAAAUCACUCCCGUCAGCCACACCUGAUCCUCCGCUGCCUCGUCUGACUGCAUCUCAUCUAAAACAUGGCCGCAGUUUAGAAACAUGGAGAAAAGGAACCAUUAUCAUCAUCAUCACUGUUUGUCUUCAUCACCAACGUGACUCAAGACUUUGCACUCGUCUUCUCGUGUUUUGUUUCUUUGGGAGAAAAAAAAAACAUUCUGACUUUUUAAUUUCAGAACUUUUCUUUUCGUCGAUCUUUGUGUUUUUUUCCUUCAUGCUGAGGAAUCUUAUCGGACAGCUCGAGGACUGGCAUUUUAGACACUCUUCACCCAAGACGCUCUUUCUUUCUUUGGGAUGUCGCACUGUGUGAAAAGUCCCUCUUUCGCCUCUCAUCGGGGAGUCACAGUUUCUUACAGCGGCCUCCUCAGCGCGAGGAGAUCGGUUAUUUUAUUCUGUCAUGUAACAUCCUGGAUGCUUCACACACUCUGACUGAUUUUAAAAUUCAUUCACGAGUUUAAAGUUUGUGCGUGUAUUGUUGAAAAAAAAAAAAAAAAAAAGACGUGUAUACAUACAUGUUUGUGAGACACUGCUGUUCAUGUUCUUGAAUGAAAAAGAAUAUGUGUCGUAUUCCAAGGAAAAAAAUAAUUGUAUUAACUCCCAGUGUGAUCUCGGAGCUGUUUGUGGAAGACUUUUUCUUUUUCAUUUUCUAUUUUUCAUCAUUUUCUUCAGUUUUGUUUUACAUUUUGGAGAUAUUUGUCAGUGAGAUGUUCACAUGGUCGGCACAGUGGUGUUUCUGCUUUGCAACUCUGAACUUCAUUUCCCAUGAGCCUCUAAGGUGAAAAAAUGCUGCUUUUAAGCUGUUGAACUCAGAAAUCUAAGUUUUAAAGUCCCAAAAUGCUCAUCAUUUUGAUAUUUCUGACAGCACUUAAAGGCAGCAUUAGACUGAAGAUGCUCGUAGGAAACAGUCAUAUUCAGAUUUGGAUAUUGUCGCAGACAUCACGAAUAUUCUGCACACUUUUGGUGACUGUUCUUGUUGUUUUCCCACUUGUCUCUUCACUCGUUCAGUUUGCUGCAUGGUGUCCUGGGGGAUUAUGGGUGAUAAAUGCCGAGGAGAGGAGCCAGUAUCUGGUCCACGCUGCUGCAGUUUCUUUGAAACCAAAAGCAUGUUGGCUACAGGAAGUGGCAGUUUGGCAGAGAGUUUCCUGAGUAUCAGUCAGCAGGUGCUGUGCAGCUGAUGUGACUGAGUAACUGAUGUAUCUCUGAUGGUCCUGGGUCGCUGUAUCGUAUCAGUGAGGUGCCAACACUGCCAGCACUGAUUAUAAACACAAAGACGCAGCUCUGUCUGUGGUUCACUGAUGUUUUUUCCCCAACUGGUGAGUCAGUGCCGAGGGUCUGAUGUCCACAAUGCUGAGGGAGGGAAGAGAUUUCAACCCUCUGCUGCGUUUCUGUUUGGUUGACUCUGCAGUCGGAGUUAAAUGUCCUGCUGGCAGGUAAAAUGAGGGCAGGUGAGGAGGAGAAAAUGUGUCCUCUUCAUUUCUCUUCCUUGUAGAGGCCAUGUUGUCUUGUAUCAGACAGGAGUCAAGAUGUCACAGUGUGAUUUAAAAUGCAGGACGAAGACAUUUCCAACUAUGGCUGAACUUUGUCUUUAGCUAGUGAGUCAGAAGACCAGCUGUUGUGGCAGGUGGAGUUUCUAUUAUCAGAACCUCUUUGGCUCGUUACUUGUGAGAUGUUUAAGGCCGAUAAGACAAAGUAGUGCUUUUCUUGGCUGAACCGGUGUACAUUUACCUGCCAGAAUCAAAGUUGACUGCAGUCUUUUGUCUGUCAGUGGACGGCAGAUGCGACGGUUUGGAAUCAAAGUUUCGAAUGAGUCUGUGUUUGUGAGUGCUUGUGAGGAAUAAGAGGGAGGGUGCGGUGCGUUUGUGGGGACGGGAACGUUUGUAGGGUUGAUGUAAAAAGAUGUUAUUUGCACAGCAUUCACAGAAUGCAGCCCUUUUGUGUUUUUUCAUUUGUUAUUUCUAAAAAUGAAGCACUACUUCUAUACAAAUAUAAAUAUAUACUGUACAUAAAAAAAAAAAAAGAAAAACACCCGAAGGAAUGAAUGUCAGAAAUGUUUAAAUUAUUUCAAACAUUACGUUUGGCCCCCUUUGGUUCAUAAUAUUUGUGAUGCCCUGAGAAUGUGUUUUUUUAUUAUUAUAAAUAUUGCUAUUACUAUCAUAACCAUUAUUUUGUGUGAACAUGACAACAAUAAUAAUCCUUUUGUAUCUACUCACGAACUGUAAAACCAGCUGUAGAAGUUAGUCUGGCACUGUGUGUGGCUAAUCAAACCUGAACCUGCUCCGUUUCCUGAUUUAUUUUUGUCGCUCUGUGUAAUAUAAGCUAAUAUAGAAGCAGUACUGUAGUGAGCUUGCAUGGCAAAAGAGAACAUAAUAGUAUGAAUAACAUGAUGUAUUGUUUAUAUUAUUUGUGCCAUGAAGAAGCAGCAAUAAUAAAGGUUUGCGUGGAGGUUUCACAGUAUCGGGUCAUGGGUAACUGAUGUGUGGGAUAGACUUUGUGCGUGAAUAUUUGAGGUACAAUACUUUUUAUUUUUUGUUUAAAGUCUAGUUGUUUUCAGCCUGACACCCACAUCGUCAUACAUGGUGUGUUUUUACUACCGUUGUCAGCAUAAUGUUCAUGUUGGCGCUGCUGAAAAACCAAAAUGAGAAUAAAUUUUGAAGGUGGACAGGGAUUGAAAAGCCAAUGACAGAUGUGUCGUAUCUGAAAACAUUCCAGUUUUUAUCAUCAUUCAAAAAGUGGAAACAGUCCAUCGUCAAUCUCUGAAGGGCUUUUAUUUUAGCUUUUACUGUUUUUUUCAGUCUAACAGGUGAUUUGUUUUGGCGCCUCAGUUUUUUUUAGUCAACUUUGUUUAACAUUGUGCCUGCAGCAGAGUGGUAAAAUUCACAUUGUAAACUGUAAAUGUAUUCUGUCUCUGUCAGUGUACAGUAUGUUUCAUCUCACACUUACCCAUCCGACGUGCAUGGUUGUUUCACACACCUGGAAUUAACAGCAGAAGUUUCUGUCAAAGAUGUCUCACAGGUCACAGCUCCCUCUGGAAAUGUUUAAGAAAUGAUCAGUUUUUUUGGUCAAAAACAACAGAAGAGAUAAAGGAUGUAUUUUACAAGUCUGUGAAAUUAUUUUUUAGUCAAGAGUGUCUUUAAAUCUUUAAAAUUUAAAGGAGAAAGUCAUUUUGCUUACAGAUGUGAUCCACAAAGUUAGGACAUCACACAACAGAUACUUCCUCACAUCUUGGAUACUAACAUUUGCUGUAAAUUCCUUUGACCCGAGAGGUUUCUUGCUUCCUCCGGGUCAUCUUCAUGUGAUACUGUGUUUUAUCACAUCAAUAUAUUGUAUGUGCGUAUGUAUCUAUAAAUGUUUUCUUACUUGGUGAAUGCUUUUUUCUGUUUUUUCUUCAUUAACAAAAAGGAUGAGAAAAUACAAUCAGUAACAAACAUUUACACAUGAAAAAUAAAAUUUACAAGCUUGCCACAUCA